AGGAAAGUAGUGACAUCGCGUUACCAGCACCAGCAGUAUCGUAUUCUUGGUGGGUCAGCUUCUGGGGCAAAACUUGAACAAGAUGAAGGCAAACAAAGACCGGCCCACGCGACUGCGGACGGGACAGAAGCCCCGCAGUCGCUUCAUGUACUUAUGUAUGUCUUUCUGAGUGUCGGUUUUUUCAGUGUCUCGCCUUGUUCCUGGCUGACGCAAGGAAUCUUUGUGCAUAUAGUCAUGUUUUAUCCGAUGAAUUAUGGGUUUGAGCUAAGGGGCUUAAGAGGAGAUACUUAUCGUAUCACCCAUUGAAUAUUGCAGGUCUGGUGGCACCUCUAUCGCCGAUAGUCCCAUUGACCGACGGAGCGAUCAGGUGGCGCAGGACAGCGGAAGCGACGUCGAAUUGGAUAGCAUGAUCCAAUCUCUCGAGGGACGCCUGGCGCAACUGGAGUCGUGGCGCAUGGACGACGAUGGUAAGAAAUAAAGAUUACGGGUGUUUAUCAUUCCCACAUACUUCGAUUUUGACCUUUUCGUUAGGACAGGCGAGACGCAAGAACGCAUGCUGGAAAUAGUUACGUUGUCGCUCUUGGUUAUUUCUCGUGCCCAAGCAUUAAUCAACUGAGGUCGAUCACAAAAAAUGCAGUGUCCACCCCGGGGACGGCGAAGAGUGAAGGAAAACACAACCAGCUAGCUGCCUCGAUUCGUGGGAUGCUGGAAAAUCCCAAUGCUUCCGCCAGGUCUCAGUUACUAUAUCUGGGUGGCCACUACGGUUUCCGAUUUCACGUGAUAUGAAAAAUCAAAAAUCAUCAAUUGCCUCGGCGGUUGCUAAAGUUUUCCAAAAGAAGCAUGUGCGUGUGCUCAAUUGUUUUUCGGAAUGCCACACUUCGACCCACAGGUCCCGUAAUGUCACACCGCGCGACGCCACUGAUAAUUUGGGCACGUCUUCUAAGCAAAAGCUCCGUCUGGAAGCUACUGCCGAGGAAACGGAGGAAUUCUGUGGCGGCUCCGCUACAUCAGCUUCAGCAGCUGCGAACCUCAAUACGUCACAGUCUGCCUCGGGUCGGCACAGCAAGCAACCGGCAAACGGCAAUUCCAAGUCGCCGGCUGGAGGCCAAGGUAGGAUGAGCGCCAAGUCACCCUCCUCCAGUAGUGGCAGUGCAGUUGCUAUAAUGGGCAAAAAAGGCGUUGCUGACCACGCGAGCAGCAGCCAGGAGACCAUUGUGAUUCAGGAGCAAAACGAAAGAAUGGGCCAAGCGAAGCAGGAGGAGCUCAAGACCUCCUCGCACGAAAGCGUGUCUGCUGCCGCCGCCUCCCCCUCCGAGUCAACGGCGGCGCCGGCUGAGUCACCCCCCAGUUCCAGUCCCGCGGACGCGGCCAGGUUUGUUCCAAAAGUCAAACAUUAUCCAAACCGGAAAAUAAUGGGGAAAACCAAAACGACGAAUAUGAAACCUUGCUCCACUCGUCGCGCUUGCCUCUCUCAAAAAUACUUUAUAUUUCUUUGUUCCCCUGGAUAAUUUUAAUCAUAAGGGGAAGAUGUGCUUUUGUUAAUUGACUCUGUCUCAUGGUCAACAUGAUCUCAUGAAAUGAAAUUCAGAUCCAUUCUUCCGACGAUGCCGGCGUCGCCGGGUGCCGCGCCGGAGUUACCCGGCCUGCGUGCGAUGCCCACACACGUCAACGACCUGCGGCAAGGGUCCUCCCGCCAGGAGGCGCAGCAAUGGUCCACGGGGGAGGACGUGAUGCGGGAGCGCGGGCAGAGAAUUCGGGAGGGCGAGCAGGCCGUCCCGGCAACUUCUACAUCCCCGCGGAGUAAAAGCGGCAACGAUCUUGGGCGGGGCAAAAAGGACCACGUCGCGCGUGCAUCCCCGGGCGGAAGCGUGAACCUUAGCGUUAGCCAGCUCCACGGCGCCAUGCGGAACGGCGAUCCGCGCGCGCGGCUCGGCAUGGGGGGUUCGGGAGCGAGAAAGGGAGAAAGUCAGGACACGGACGGAGCAAGCAACACGGGCAUGUUUGGCACGUUGAAAAAUGGCUUUUAUCGCCUUUUCACUGCCACACCCGUCGCACGCACGACCUCGUCUGCGAUGGAGAAGUCGACCUCGGUACUGGAAAGCGUGGACGCAAGUAUGCGCGCUUCCACUGAAUCUUUGUACCGGUCACGCAAAAGGACGGCGAGUUUUGAGACGUUGGCAGGUAUGAAGUGCUCCUUUGCGGCUAUACUUACAAGCUUGUGUAGGCACUGUUGUUUUUUCCUUUUGCGGGCAUACUACCUUCAUCUCCAAAGAAAUGGUAUCUUAGGUCAUCGCGGACCCCAGCAGCGAGAGUCUCGCUCCUGUGACCCGAAGCGGACCUACGCACCGCCGCCGCGGGUGAUUUCGCUGGAGCCGCCGGCGACACAGCCAGUCUCCGACCCCCCGCUGGUCGAGCGGUUCACCAUGGCUUCACGUCCCGGCAGCGCCAUGUCGAGGCCAGAUCGGUCCACCGGGCGCCUGGCGGGCGCGCAUGCAGGGGGAGCUGCGAAUCCGAUAACUGGCAGCGCAACAAUCUGCCGUAAUCUGUUGACGGACACGACAACGGUUUUGACGCCGCGGAAUGGUGUGAACGAAAACAAUGCCGAGGCGUUGCAACGCAGAGUCGGCAGAGACAUUCAGGCGUCCGCAGGUCUGCACGGAUGGCUACUUUUGAUAGAAGUACCUGGUUUGCAUAGGCAGUGGCAGGCCGCGAGAAAUCAAUUUAUUUGUUCCCCUAGUUGUUUGUUGUAUGUGGUAAUAGGUGACUCUUCUGUACAGAUUCGCCCUGAAAAGCGAUUCUAUGCCUUUCCCGCAGGUGCUGGCGCUCCCACUCGGCGCUCGCUUUUGACGGAGCAAACCACCACGGCAACGGACGUGGGCGGCCGCCAGUGCCCCUCGACGGCGCGGCAGUGCGGGGAGGCCAUGCGCAACCGGGCCGAUGAUAUCCGGCGCAACUGCGCCCGCAAGUCGCACGACUGCACGGAGGGCGCGAAGGCGUGCCAGGAGGAAAUGCACAAAAUCGACACGCAGUUGCGCGACCGGAAGGAAAACCUAACGCGGCACUGCGCGCGGCACAUGUGCAACUUGCAGGAGUCGGCGAAGGAGAACACGCGGAAGUGCAUGUACGGUACGCGCACCCGGUGCAGUAAUCUUGCGAGCGCGACGAGCGGCGCGGCCCGGACGUGCGCGGCAAAGAGCGACAAGAACGCCAAGGAAUGCAUGGCGAAAACGAGCAGCAAUGCCAAGGAGUGCGGCGCCAGCACCGCCAAGGCGGCGAAGCGGUGCUGCGAGCUGCCCUACCUCGGGUUCUCGGCCGCGAAGGACGGGGAGCGGCGGUGCACACGGGACUGCGUGAACUUGCGCGAGGACGUCGCGUUCUUGUCGAAUUUGAGCACCUUUUUCAACAUCUCGCAUGUCAAGGUGUGGACGCAUUAG